GUUUUAAAUUCAUUUAUUGUGCAUUGCAUGCCAAUGACUCAACUUGUAAAAUAAUCGUAAAUAAUUUGUAUUUAUCUCAUCAUAAAAGUACCAUGUAAUUACAUAAUGACUUUGUUUACGAUCUAUGUUGACAAAACUUCUUUUUCUUUCUUCAGUCUUUUUGAUCAAACUGACAAUGUCACAGUUAGACCAGGGCAGUAUAUUAUUUUUGAGAUGUUCGGAGAAAGAUUCCUGUAUUCCUAUUUCAAAUGUUUUCUCAAUCUUUGAAAAUUUUAAUCUCGUUCCAACUGAACACAUUCUCGACAAGGUCAGUUUCAAAGACCUGUUGCUUAUAACAAAUCGUUCAGAUCAGAUUGUUUUGAUGUACUGUGACCAUUUGAAGUCAAAGUUGGAAACGAUUCUACAGUGCUUGAAAUAUAACAAAACAGUUAUUGCUGGAAAUUUCAAAGAGACAUCGAUUGAAAAUACCUACGAUUUCAUAAAUUUUCCGGUUACUGAUGUCGACAGUCUUGCAAGUUAUGUUCACGCCAAUUUCAAUUAUGAAGGAAUGUCACACAGACGUGAGAAGAAACAAAAUUCAACAGAAAAUAAUGGAAGCAAUGAAAUUGAACAACACACAGACAAACCUAUUGUUGAUGUCUGUAAACCUCCAAAUACGAACGAGUUAACAGAACCUGAUGUAGUCAGUAUUGAUGAUGACCAAGCUAAAAAGGGUUGUUUGCUUUAUAUUCCAGAAGAGUGCUCUUUGAAUUCCGACAUAAUAACAGAUGGAAUAUCCAAUGAAGUUAGACCUACACCAGACCUAAACUGUAGAAUGGAAAGCACAAGCUACGUUAAUACGGAUUCUUAUCAAGUAUGUGUUAUGAGAUGUUUUCUACUAGACAGAUGUACAUUGGCUUCAAACCUCCAUUCGACCCUCGAGCACCAUGAUUUGACAACUACAGACUUCGUUGUGGAAGCAGAUGCUUUAAAUGUAGAAGUACCAAGAAUAGUAGAACAGUCAGAUUUCAUAAUUCUGGUUAUCUGUAAACAUCUACAACAAAACAUUCGAAAAAUAAAGAGAUACCUACAGGAUGCGAAUAAUAAGGUGAUUAUUUCUGGUGAUCUUCAUGGACUUCAAACCAAACAAAUAUUCCACGGUUUCAAACUCUUUACGAUAAGUGAUGACAAACUUAUCGCGUCUUCCGUCAAAACAACACUUUCUGCUAAAAGAGAAAGAAAAGAAGAAUUAUUCUACAAACAACACUCUGCAUCAGAUUACGAUGACCUGAGCAGUAUUGACGGAACUUUUAAAAAACAAACUUUAAGGCAUUUCAAACAUUCACAUUGUGGGUUCGUUCAUUCGUCUACAUUAGAACCAGGAGAAAAUAAUAGAGGGACAUUCCUUUUGGCCAAAGCUUGCUUCCCAUCUGUUUUAGUACGUUCCGAUUCAUUAGACAAUCUCAAAAGACGCUUUUACAUUGUUGGAGUAGAAGAGAAGAAAGAGUUGAUCAAACAAGUACAGAAUGUAACAUUAAAGUCGCUACGUAUGAGUUCUGAUUAUCUUGGGUUGAUAACAUUGCUUGGGAUUGCUGAUUAUAACAUCCAGGAAAAUAUUAUUGUAACUUUGAACCAGUUACAACUAGAAGACAAUAUAAUGAAUAGAUGUUUACGGGCGAACGAUCUCUUCAUAGCCGCAAAGUGGUUAUUAGGAAUAGUAAAAGCUAAUUUCGGAGACUCUCAUAUCAUGAUAAACCUAUUACCUGUUGUACUAGAUACUAUUUCUAUGCUGUAUUUGUCAACAUUGACUAUAACAUUACUUGACGAGAAAGUCAAAGGUGAAAUUGAAUCAUUCUGUGCAGAAUCAGACCAAUCUUUGCGAAGCCUAGUAGCGAAUCACAUAGCAGGGAAUAAAGAUGCAUUGUCAGGUUUGAUACAUUCGCUUCUAGUACUCCUUGUAGAUUUCAAAUCAAGAGUCGGAGUUUCAACGUCGUUGAAAAUUGGAAACUUAAAAGAUGCGUUGAUGAUUCAAGAAAAUAGAAGUCGCAUAUUACGAGACUUUCAAAACACCAUGUGCUUCCUCGAACAGUAUACAUGCCUCGCUUUCGUUGCAAAUCAGGUAAUGAAAACAGUGGAUAUGGAAAUCACAGAAUUUUUCGAUCAGCUUAUUCGUCAGUUAUUGAGAAAGGCAAGACGGAAACAAAAGAUAAACGAUGUCUUAUUUUCAGUCCUUCAUCUUGUAACUAAAACAGUAUUGUUACGAUUAGGAAAGGAUAUAGAUGUUGAUUUCCAAAGAACGCCAUCUCAAUUGAGUUGGAAACUCGCAAAAAUGUUAAAUCUUUUCCUUGACAAUGACAGAAUUGGACUUUCUCUGCGUAAACGGUUACUCGUCAUGAUAGAACCCUUGUUGUUGAGUAGCAGUCAACAAAUUAUUGUCAACAUCAUAUAUUUACUACGUAAACAUGAUGUAAAAUCAGAUGAAAUUAGACAGAGGUUUGUCAAAACAAUCAGCUUAAAACUGCAUCCCAUCAAUUUUAAGAUAAGAAUUGGUAGUGUUGAAAUAGGUGAAGAUUUUAAACCUGAGUGGGUAGAUUAUGAAGGAACAAUGGCAGAUUCUACCAUUGUGACUAUGCACAUGCUUUUACCGACUCUCAACGCGCUCUCGAAGAGUGACGUAGAGGAGUAUAUACUGAAAUCAAAGAAGUAUGAAACAGAUCGUCACACCAGUGCACUACAAGUUCUCCAUUCGUUGCAUGAAGGUGUAACUCAUCGAUGCAUAAUGCAAUUGUUUGCGUUCCAGUGUCGUCCAAUACCGUUAUUUUAUGUAACUGAAAAGUCGAGAGAUCCCGAUCUGUUAACUUAUUUAUUAAACAGUAGACAUGUUGAAAAUCAGUUACAGACGCACCGACUAUUAGAACUAGUUGUGGACAUUAUAGAAGCUGUGAUGUUCUUACAUACACACAAAACCGUUCACAGAAAUUUGACCUGUUCAGCAUUUAGCAUACGACAUCAAGGAAAGACGGUGUUCUUACAUGACUUCAGUCUUGCGACAAGUCAAACUAGCGAUAUUGCAGAAGUGGUUGGAAUUCCUGUCCUUUGGUCUUCUCCAGAAAGUAUUUUAGAAGAUAGGUUUGACAAACGGACGGACGCAUGGAUGCUUGGAAAUGUCUUGUAUGAAGUAUUUACUCGGGGUUGUCAUCCGUACACAGAGGUUUAUAAUACUCCAACGGAUCAAAUACUGGAAUACAUAUUGUUCAGUCAUCUGAAGUUGUACAAGUGGCCAUGUAUCCCGAACGAAGUACACAAUGCAAUACUAGGGUUAACACAAACACAGCCAAGUGAUAGAUCGGACAUUUCAGCGAUAAAAACAAAAAUGGGAUUGCUGUUGAACGACGAAAAAUUCAAAGUUCAAGGUUCAAAAAUCAGUGUUCCACUCAACACAAAACAAAGCCAAGAAUUGCCACAACUGGAUAUGAAUCAAGGAAAUCCUGAAAUUGAAGUACCAAAACUGAUUUAUCAGCUGAAGUGUAUUCACGGUGGAUCAAGUAGUGCAACAAAAAUAUCUGGACAUACGUAUGUGAAUACCCGACUUAGUCAGAGAUUACACAGUAACAGCCUAGCUAUCAGUCCUCUCGAUUUAACAGCACAAGAUAAACCUAGAAUCCUCAAAAGGUUUGGAUUUCUAGACAUAAGAGAACCAGUGACAUUAAAAUUUCUUCGAAUUUUACCAAAUAUUGACGAGGAAACCUAUAAAGAAGUUUUGUGUUUAUAUGAUUCCCCAGAAAGGCAUUUAUCACAAACAGGCCAGAGAAUGCAGGAACAGAACUUUCCAUUUUAUUUGAAAUACAGGACAGUAAGAGGAAAUAACCUAUUAGAAUUUGCGUUUACACAUCCUUUCAAACAUCGCCAUGGAAAUCUAGCAACAACCAAAGACGAUUUCAUCCACAUAGUUGUCAAAAUUGCGCAUUUUAUUUCCGAAAUGCAUCGCCGACAUUUUAUUUUAGGAGAUCUUUGUGCGGAAAAUUUAUUUGUUUCUGACGACACCAAGCAGGUAUUUUUGCCAAGGAUUGGAAGAGUGUUAUACUUUGAAGAAUCUGAUGGGAUGGAAGAUUGUUUACUUGGGUGUAUGUAUCAAGACAGGCGAAGAUGGAAUCCAAUUGAAGUUCUUCAGCAUGGACAAUAUUCCUACGAAAGUGAUAUCUAUCGCUUUGCCAUGACUGUAUAUGAGUUCUACACUGCAUUAAAUAUACAUAGUCAUGAUCCAAUGGCUGAUCAACUUAACUGUGCACCAUUUGCACACAUUGAAAGUGAUGUGCUUUUAGACGUUUUAUAUAAUGGAGCAGUGCCACCAAGACCAAAAUUAUGCCCUGAUUGGUUGUAUGGAAUAUUACUUAAGUGUUGGGAUCGGGAUAGGACACAGAGACCAUCUGCUCUGUGGCUUAAAAAUAUUAUAUCACGCCAAAUGGGGGAUCCUCUCUUAGAUAUUGACCAUUCACUUUUCGAUAAACAACUAGAUACUGAAAUAGCUGAUUAUGAUACUCCAAGACCUGAAAUACCUCUUCGUACUAGAAAGAUAGACCAACCAACAAAUGAACACACAUUUCAACCUACUGUAUCUGACCAAUCAGAGUCUUCGGGAUUUAUUUUAUCAAGAGGUUCAACCGUUUACACACGCAGUGGUAGAAGAUCGUCUAGUUAUCGUUGUCAAAGCGACUCGUCAACUGUUGGACAAAGAGAGUUUUCAUUGCCACAAAGAAUUCUCAGUUUGGAAAAUCUAACUAGAGAUUCCAAGGGACCAAUUAGCCAUACUUCACAGAAUCCGUUGAUACAUAAUCUCCAUUAUAAUACAACACCUCGAUCUCCACCUGUUUUCAUGGAAUCAGAAAGACGACCGUUGGAUAGUUAUCAUGUAAGGAACCAACCAUUUCUUUCCUCUGUUUUACCUUUUCAAGGAUCUGUACAUUUACAAAGACAGGUCGGUUCUGUAAUAAAUCACAAUCCCACAUCUAAAACUAGUAGCACCCCGAAUGUACCACAACAACAAACGACAAUAUGGGGGAGAAAACAAGACGUAGAAAAUAAACAAUCCAAACUGCAAGAUCCACAAACUCACAAGAGAUUUCAAACAUAUAUUGACGAAUUAAAUCAGAAAUUUUCAACAGUGACAACGACAGGAAAUGAACAUGAAUUAAACGAGGGUGUAGAGAGUAGCGAAUCACAUUUGUAUCUCCAAGCAGUUCAAUAUGUAUGAUGUAUGCUUUCACAAAACAUAAAAGAAUAUCAGAAGUCAACAUGUUCUUUUUGGUGUUCAUUAAGAAUGUUUCUUAUUUA